AGUAGAGUAGCUGAGGUACGCAUUGACUCUACUCUUUGAUUUCCUUGCUUAUAACUGGAGAGUAAAGACUUCAUCUUCCUUCUGAACUUUUCUCCCCAGACAGACUCAUAUUAUAUGUUUCUGUGUGUGUGUGUGUCUAUUUAUAUAUGGUAUUUUUACUUAUUUGUGGCCAACUUGCCAGAGAAUGGAUCGUAAUCAAGCAAAUGAAUCUUCUUCAACCAAAGUUGAAAGGAGGGUUGUUGAGAAGAACAGGAGAAAUCGAGCCACUAAGUCAGACAGAACAAAUAGAUGAAGCCAUAAAGUACAUAAAAAGCCAAGAGUCGAAGCUGCAGAAGUUAAAGGAGAAGAAGGAGAGCUUAAUGCGCACUAGAAAAAGAUCAUAUGCUACAGCAUGCGUAAAUGUUGAGAGCACAAGGAGCGCAAAAGCACCCCUAAUCAAAAUCCAUGAGAUAGACUCAACGCUAGAGGUAGUACUGAUAAGUGGCUUAGAAAAUCAUCAGUUCAUGUUCUACGAAAUCAUUCACCUGCUUGACGCAGAACAUGCCAACGUUGUGCAUGCUAACUUUUCAACUUUGGGAGACUCAGUGUUUCACGGAGUCCAGGCAGAAAUGGGCAAAUCUAUGUCCAAGUUUGGGGCUGCAAUAAUAACUGAAAAACUCAACAGAUUUAUCAAUGGAUGCACCAGCGACCAAGAAUCACAGCAAGACUACUUUUGCGACUUCGAAUUUCAGCCUGUGACGACAUGGGAUUAGUUCUGAGAAGUACUCCGCGAGAAAGAAAUAUAUGAAAAAAUGGGGGAUUUUCUUUUAUGCAAUUAACGAUAUUAGGGAGUGAAAUUUAGGCUAAAUCACAUGAUGGACCAGCCUUGAUUGGCUAUUAAUUAGUUUGAAAAUUACAGAGAUGUGUGUGUGUUGUCAAUAAUCAAAUUAAUGGUGAUUAUUUUCGACAGUUCAGAGUAAAGACCCAAAAUUACUCUCUUGCUAACUAAUAGCAAGGCCGCAGGGCGGAGCCACUGAGUGAGAAGGGUAGCCCUCCUGACUUCUGCGAAAGGUGUAUAAAACCAACCAGCGGCCCGAAAGCUUUUUCUGCUGAGGUAUGAACCCCAUGGAAGAACAUGGGCCAAACCACUUCGUUAGCUGUUUUAAAUUUAAAUCUGUUUGGCUGUUUGAUAAAACGAUGAGUUUGGUAGGGGAGUUUCCAAAAGAGACGUGCAAUUUUGAAUAGAAAAAGCAAACCCACUGCCGGUUCCAUUCUCUC